CCUCCAUCCUCUUUAAAACUCCACUUUUUUUUUAUUCUUUUUCUUUCUGUAUAAAAGAUGGACGUAAUAAAAGCAAUACAACAUUAUACAGAUAAAAUGAUUAGUGAUGUGCCUGGCAUGAAGGCGAUUCUACUUGAUACCGAGACAACACCCAUCAUUUCACUUGUCACGACUCAAUCACAACUCCUGACAAAAGAAUGUUACCUUAUUGAUCGGAUUGACAAUAGAAACAGAGACAAAAUGAAGCAUUUAAAAUGUAUCUGUUUUCUAAGACCUACACGCGAAACACUUCAGUACCUGAUUGCUGAGUUACGUGAACCUGCUUACGGCGACUAUUACUUAUACUUUAGCAACACACUACGUAAAUCAGACGUGGAGCAAUUAGCAGAAGUGGAUGAACAUGAAGUGAUUCGUGAAGUACAGGAAUACUAUGGUGACUAUCUGGCCAUUAACCCCGAUUUGUUCUCGUUGGGCCAAGAUCCUCUUUAUCUAUUUGGCCAAACUGUCCAGAGUUGGGAUACAGACACACUCGAACAAUCGAUCAAGGGCUUAUGUGCCGUAUUACUCAGUCUGAAAAAGAAGCCAGUCAUUCGAUAUGAGCGUCAGUCUGCAAUGGCCAAACAACUAGCUCUAGGUGUCCAUCAAACCAUAUCUUCAGAAGGUCCAUUGUUUGACUUCAGAAGACCAGAUACACCGCCUAUUUUGUUGAUCCUGGAUCGACGUAAUGAUCCUGUCACACCCUUAUUGACCCAAUGGACCUAUCAAGCCAUGGUGCACCAAUUGAUUGGUAUUCAUCAUGGCCGUGUUGACAUGUCACGCGUACCUCAAAUCAAACAUGAACUUAAAGAAAUCGUAUUGAGUCCUGAUCAAGACCCGUUCUUCAAGAAAUCCAUGUAUAUGAACCUGGGUGAUUUAGCUGCAACCAUUAAACAAUACGUGGACGAAUAUCAACACAAGACAAAAUCAAACAUGAACAUUGAAUCAAUCGCAGACAUGAAGCGAUUUGUAGAAGAAUACCCAGAAUUUAGAAAACUGUCUGGUAAUGUCUCGAAACAUGUGGCAUUGGUGAGUGAGCUAAGUCGACGUCUCUCACAGGAUCACUUGCUGGAGAUUAGUGAAUUAGAACAAGGAUUAGCUUGUAAUGAAAAUCACAAUAAUGAUCUCAAGAACAUUCAACGAUUGAUUGCCAUGCCCGAAAUUGAUGAAGAUGCCAAAGUACGUCUGGUCUUGUUGUAUGCUCUUCGUUAUGAACGUAUGGCCAAUAAUGCAGUCAAGUCACUGAUUCAACUGUUGGAUCAACACGGUAUUAGUGAACGCAAGAGUGCACUUGUACCGGCCAUUUUAUUUUAUGCAGGUUAUCAACAAAGACAAAAUGAUUUGUUUUCAAAUCAAUCCUUCUUGUCUCGAGGCAAAAGUGCUCUUAAAGGCCUGAAAGGUGUAGAGAAUGUCUAUACACAACACACGCCUCAUUUAGGAGACACACUGGACCUGCUUAUCAAAGCACGCCUCAAGGACACAGACUAUCCUUUUGUUGCUGGUGAAUUUACCCCUGAACGACCUCAAGACAUCAUCGUGUUUAUCUGUGGCGGGGCCACCUUUGAAGAAGCCCGUUAUAUAGCUCAAAUGAAUGCUACUGUACCUGGUGUUCGUAUUGUUUUGGGUGGUAACUGUAUUCAUAAUUCAGAUUCAUUUUUAAAGCAACUGGCUCAAGUGGGCACGAAAUUCAUGAGUUUAGAAUAAAAUUUAUUUAUUUUUUCCUUUUAA